AUGGCUCCAAACUUAUACUCCCACUAUCAAAAUGUGGUUUUGAUAGGAGAUUUUAAUCAAGUAGAGUAUAGUUCAGAUAAGGUGGGUGGUUCUCCAAAUAUAGUUGGUCAAACGGAUUUUCAGGACUGGAAGUUUGAUUCAGGGUUGUUAGAUAUCCCUUUCUCAGGACCCACAUUUACUUGGACCAAUGGACAUCAUAAUGGUAAUCCUACAUUUGAACGUCUUGAUAAGGCCUAUGCUACAAAUGAUUGGCUUAUUAAGUAUCCUGAUACUUCUAUUUUGCAUCAGCCGAUUCUAUUUUCGGAUCAUGCUGCAAUUAUUCUUCGGGAACACCGAGUUUUGGAGGGUCGCAAACCAUAUAGAGUAGACAAUUGGUGUCUUCUCUCAAAGGAAGUAGCUUCUAUUGUUUCUUUCUCUUGGAAGUUGGAUAUUUUGGGCUCCCCUAUGUUUUCUAUUUCUCAGAGAUUGGAGGAUUUACUUAUUGAAGCUAUUCAGUAUUUCUUUUUGCAUGGUCACUUGCUUAAGGAAUGGAAUCGAACUUUCAUUGUCCUCAUUCCGAAGGUAGAUCAUCCUCAACAACCUUCACAAUUUAGACCUAUUGGGUUAUGCAAUGUUCUCUAUAAAUGUAUUACCAAGUGUCUUGCUGCUCGACUUCGGAUGAUUCUUCCUUCUCUCAUUUCAGACUGUCAGACCGCUUUUGUUCCGGGUCGUCUCAUGUCGGAUAAUGGUUUACUUGCCCAUGAAAUUCUCACUUAUAUGAAUCACUUGCGGGGUCGUACUAUGUCAGUUGCUCUCAAGCUUGAUAUGAAUAAAGCUUAUGAUAGAGUUAAUUGGCAAUUUUUACGGCAAGCUCUUCAGAAGUUUGGUUUUCCCCCGUAUUGGAUACAUAUUAUUCAACAAUGUGUUUCGACAGUCUCUUAUCAGUUACUUGUUAAUGGAAAUCCGACUAAGGUUUUUAGACCCUCGUGUGGUCUUCGCCAAGGAGAUCCUCUGUCAUCAUACUUGUUUGUUCUUUGUAUGGAAAUCUUUUCAGCUAUGAUUAAUCAAGCGGAGAGCACCGGUCUUUUUAAAGGAGUUAAAGUAUCUCGUUAUGCUCCUUCAAUAUCACAUCUGUUUUUUGCAGAUGACUCUCUUCUUUUUUUCCAGACCUCUCCUCAGGCCUGUUCCAAUGUUCUUGGAGUUGUUCAUCAGUUCUGUGAUAUAUCAGGUCAGAUGUUAAAUUUACAAAAAUCCUUUGUUCGUUUUAGCCCUAAUGUUCAAGAGGACUAUCGGGAAUCUUUAGCCAAUUCCUUACAGCUAAAGAGUCUUCCUUCACUUGGUACCUAUUUGGGACUUCCGGUGGAUAUGGGUAGAAGUAAACGCACACCUUAUCAACCUCUUGUGGACAAGAUUACUUCUCGGUUGAUGAGUUUUGCUUCCCUGCAUCUCUCACCUGCGGCCAAAUUAGUUGUGAUCAACUCGGUGUUGAUUGCUUCUCUUAACCAUAUCUUAUCUGUUUUUAAGAUUCCUUCUUCAAUCUCUGACAGAAUUAACAAUCUAUUCGUCAGAUUUUGGUGGAAAACAGGGAAUCACUCCAAGGGUUUGGCUUUAACUCCACCUUCUGUCUUGUUUACCCCAAAGGGUUUGGGUGGUCUAGGUAUUCGGCAUUUGGGUUUAUUUAAUUCUGCUUUGCUUGCUCGUCAAUCUUGGCGUAUUAUGCAGAAUUCACAACUUCUGAUUUCUCGGGUUUUUCAGGCCAAGUAUCCUUCCCUUAUGUGUUUCCGGUCACAAGGUCGUCUUUCUAAUCCAUCCUGGGGUUGUCGAAGUGUUCUUCAUGGAAUACAGACCUUAAAGAUUGGGCUUGCUUGGAAAAUUGGCAAUGGUUCUAAGGUUCAUAUUCUUCAGGACUCUUGGGUGCCUGGUUCUCCAGUUUACUUUAAGAAUUCUCUAGCUGGAUCGGUUCAGCCGACUCUGAUGUCUUCUCUUUUGGAUCCUAUUUCAAAUGAUUGGGAUCCUGCUUUAAUUCAUGCUUUGUUUCCGUCAACUAUUGCCUCCAAGAUUCUGAGUCUCGAGCGUCCUCCUCAGCUGAUGGAUGAUUAUGUUUAUUGGAAAUACUCGAGAGACGGCAGAUUUUCUUCUAAAUCGGCUUAUGCAAAGCUGAUCGCUUUGUCGAAUCAGCUUCCUGAAGGUUCUUCUCCAAUUCCUCCUAUUCCUUGGAGUAAAAUUUGGGUUCUUCCUAUUUUACCCAAAUGGAAGCUCUUUAUUUGGAAAAAAUUUCACAAUGCUCUUCCUGUUGCGGAUACUUUGAGAACUAAGGGUCGUCCUGUAGAUCCUGUUUGUUCUUUUUGUUUUCAAGAUUCUGAGACUACCGAGCAUUUAUUGCUUCGAUGUUCGUUUAUCAGGAGAUUAUGGCAUUGUGGUCCUCUAGGUAUUCGGCUUCCAUGUUUUAACAGCUCCUUCCAUCAGUGGUUUAGCUCUUUACUCCUCUGUCAUAUCUAUAAAGAAUUGGGAUGGUUUGGAUUAUAUUUUAUCUUUUGCUUGGGCCAUUUGGAUUCAUCGUAA